AUGAAGACCUUCACCUUGAUAACAGCUUUACUUCUCUGCAGCAUCAGCUGGAUCUCUGUCUCAGUGUCUCAGUAUCAGACUGUGGACGUCCAGUCUGGUGGAGACGUCACACUGCACUGCUCCAAAAUGUUUGAUUAUGACCCUCCGACAUUCUGGUUAAGACUGGUCAACAAAACCAAAGUCAGCUGUAUCUCUGUUCUGACUGGACCUCGCACCAUGGCUAAAUACUGCGAUGGAUAUGAAAAUGGAAAAUUUGAAAUGAGCUCCAACAUCUCCACUGUCUUUCUCAAAAUCAGACAAGUGGAUUUCUCAGACUCUGGACUGUAUUUCUGUGGAUUUUACACAAGUGGACGUCUGGUUUUCAGUGUAAUAGAUUUACAUGUUCAAGGCAGUGAUCGAUCUGAUGAUGACGUGGACAGCAAGUCUCAGAAAACGUCUGAUGAAAAACCAGAGCUGACGAGUCUGAUCCUGGGCGGUCUGACUGUUUUCCUUGUAAUGGUCAUCAUUGGUCUGGUUGUUAAAAUCAGGAAACUUCAGAAAGGUGAGGAUGAAGAAAAAGACCCACAACGGAGAGAGAAUCUGCACUCUGGUGACUUGAACUACGCAACAGUGGAUUUUGGUCCAGCAGCAAGAAGAAGAAGAGAGCUGGAGCCAAAUGUUGUGUACGCUGCCACCAGAUAGACUCAUUAACCUGCUGUUUGGAUGAGGCUAGUGGAGGGGGAGGGGUCACUAUUACUCUUGUCCAGAAGUAUUCAUUUUACAGUGAAGGUGCCAUGAAGACCGUCUCAUGUCUAAAAGAAUAUGGCUGGUGUUGCAGCAGAGGAGGAGGGAGUGAGAAACACAUGACUUGUUUGACAGGAAGAGACAGCACAGUGUGGUCUGAGCACAGAGGGGGAAUCAUGAGGCCUGAAAAUUAAAACCUGAAAACACAGUGAAUGAAGUCUGCCUCUCUUCUGUAAUGCUGACAUGUGGAAUAGCAUCACCUGUAUCUCUCUGGACUGAAGAACAUUCUGCAUCAAUAUAGUAUGUUUUUGUGGAUGUGUAUAACAAUGUGCUGAAUGUCUGAAUUAAGAAUAAAAUUUGGUUGAAACUCUGGAGACACAUUUUAAAGCCAGGUGUGAACUGAGGAACGUAGAGCUGACCACAUGUGAUCGGAUUACUGAGGACGCAUGUUAACACCAGGUCUGAACAAUGUGGUGGCAACUACCAUCCAUCACUCACAGCCACAACCCCGCCCACCCACAGACCACCAUCCCAAUGUGUGAUUCAAGGUGUUGACCACAAAGAGGAGAAAAGUGAGUCAGUCUACAACAAACCUUUUCAUGAGAGUAUCAGUAACAAAUCUCUCCUGCCUCAGGAUUUUGUGCUGCCUGUGUUUCCUGUGCUGAAAGUCCCUCUCCUGCGUCUUUCUGCACUCCUUCCUGGCUAAAGAAACAUUAACUACAUUCAUAACGUGUGUGCAUAGCGAUUCAACUAUUGUAUCUGCUGAAACAAUUUGGGGCCAUAAAAGGAAAGGAAUGCUUCUUUAUUUUUACAGUAAUUGAACCUCCUUUGGCCCUGCCCCCUUUCUUCUUUCGUCCUGACUGCUUUUAAGGCGUGAUCAGGUAAUUCCUUCCUCAGGCAGUCCACACCACACACCUGACCUUUGAGUAGUGCAUGUGCAAAAGCCACCGGUGGGUGCUGCUCAGUGCUCGCAUGGAGACGACGUCACUGUAGAUAAACCGUCUGAAUCUCUGUCUGAGGAAGAAUCACCAUGGUCAUGCUGAACCGGUUAGUGUGUACCCAACCAAAGCUGACAUCAAGCACCUGUUUUAUUUCUUUGCUUUGUGUACAACCU